AUGCCUGUUAGACCUCAGGAGAAUCGCACGGCCGCAGAACUGGCUCUUAACUGCGACAGGAAACCAAUCAAACCAGUCAUGAGGAUCAACAAAGACCUUCGAAACCUCACAGGCUACGAGGGCGAGUUGCUGAUAAGCGGUCGCGCCAAAGCGCGGGCUCACAGCUUUCUGAGCUCGAGUUUUAAGAAGUACAUGUACGAGGCGGACGAAGGGCCCAUUGAGCCGCCGCUGCAGCCAAAAGGUCCUGUGGUGGACCAAGCAGGUCACAUCACUGGCACGACAAUGCAGCAAACCACAGGGAUGCCGCCGGCCAAGGAGCUAGAGCGAGUGCAGCCUGGUGCACAGGUGCCGCCGGGCAACAUUCCUCCGCCCAAGGGUCCAGAGAGGACCUUUCGCGAAGAUGGGCCCAUGGAUGAGAAGAUGGAGAAGGAGGCCGAAAAGGCAGAAGAGGACCUGGAAGGUGAACUGGACGCCAUCGCAGAAGAGGAUUUGGAAGGCCUUGAGGGAAAUGAUGUGGAGGGUGACAAAGAGGCCCGUGCUGGUGGCAACAAAAUUGGAAUGCAGACGGAUGAUUCCAAUGACAAGUCCAAUGAAUUGCAUGCGCAAUGA